CGCUACUGGUAGGAGUCGUCCGGAAUUAAUGUUGACAUCCCGUUAUAUGGAUCUCUGCUACGGGCUUCGUGUUAUCGGGAAUUACGGCCUUCACCCGAAUAGAACGCCUGGUCAUUAUCGCUGGACCAGGACUGAAAAUUGCCCUGCCCCAAAUGCAGCCAGCUAUAAUGACCGAGCGUUCUAUUCGGUGGUAAAGGUGGUGUUGACGUGCCAGUAUGAUGCCUGUUUGAAGUGGGCGGAGUAUGAAAGGAGCAAUGGUGAUGGCGAGGAUGAUGAUGAUGAUGAUGAUGGCGAUGGCGAUGGCGAUGGUGAUGGUGAUGAUGAUGGCGAUGAUGAUGGCGAUGGCGGGCCAGGAGGAGGUCCCUCCGGAGCCGCGAACGUUCGGAAGCUGGAGAUUCCGCCGGCCGCAGGGACAGCGGUGAAGACGAGUCGCAACGGUGGGGGAAGCCUGCGGCGGCAGGAGGCUCGCUUGCGCUCGAGCGCAGGAGGCUCGCGGACAACAAUGUCGAAGGGUGGGGGGGGCGGAGGAGCAGGAGGAGGAGGAGGAGGUGGCGCCGGGGGGACGAGACCUUUCAGCCCUCCUGGCAAGCCGGGGGUCCGGGGGGCGGCGCCGGCUGGCGCAGGCGUCCGCGCAUCUGCGCCUGGUUCGGUCGCGGCGGAGUCGUCAUCCUCUCCGCUGGAAGGUCUGAGCAGCCAACCAUCGGCAGCUGCGCGGCCAAAACGUGGCCUGUCCGUCGAACUUCCUGAGGGCAGGGGAGCCAUCUCCCUGGCGGCGGCGCCUUGUCCUUCUGGCAAAUGCUCACCAGAUCCCGGUGAUGCUUUGGAGGACGGAGGGCCUUGUACCCCCAAAUAUGGAGGUGCAUCACAGGCGGGCAAUGAUAGCGAUACCGACAUUCCCGAGAUCACGCCGGUAGGGAGUCGGCGACGGCACUCCUUGAGCGCUGACGUGUCCAUGGAUGAACAGUCCCUCGUUGGAGAAGCAGAUGAACCUUUAAGCGCGUGCAAGUCGAAUGGCGGCGGCGGCGGCGGCGGCGGCGGGGGCGGCGGGGGCGGCGGCGGCGGCGGCAGUGUUCCGCAGCCACCAACUGAUUACAAUCUGCCGGGCAUGGACAGAUAUCAGAUCGACGUCUUUCUCAAGGCUGUCCAGAGACAGAUGAACUCCACUGCGAAAAGGGGUCUGCUGUGGAGGAAGUCGGGAUCUGGGAUUGGGACGAAGGAAAUCAAGUACGGUGUGGAGGGCAUGAUGUCCUUCCAGAAGGAUCCGAUGCCGACCUCGCUUCUGAAGCUGAAUGCGGAGCUGACGACAAAGGCGGUCAAGCUUUUCCAUGGUGUGCUCAAGUACACGGGCGUGGAUGGAGGAGCUAUGAGUGAGAGCGAGCAGGUGGCUAUGGUGAUCAAACUGUACAAGCACACGCUGAAGCGCGCCGAGCUCCGCGACGAGCUCUUUGCUCAGCUGAUGAAACAGACGCGCAACAAUCCGAGCGCCCAGUGGUGCGCGAAGACGUGGGAACUUAUGUACUUGUGCGCUUCUGCCAUGCCACCAGGAAAGGACUUUGCGGGGUAUCUGUCGGAGUACGUCCACGAGAACGCUCACAACAAGCUGCUGGAUCCCAAGGCGAAGAACAUGGCAGCCAGGACAUGGGAUGCCCUCAAGCGGUCAGUGAAAGCUGGCGCUCGGCGGACCGUCCCCUCCCCUGAAGAGGUUGAGGCACUGAAGGAAGGGAGGAGAUUGACCACCAUCGCCUUCUUUCUGGAUGACACAUUUGAAGAGCUGAAGUAUGAUAUGACGACAACAGUACUGGAAGCUGUUGAGGACUUGUCGACCAUCAUCAAGCUGAAGCAUUUCCAGACUUUUUCGCUCUUUGAGCUCCGCAAACUUGUGUCGGGCUACAAGUCCUCGGAAUCGCUGGCAGAUGAACACAUUGGACUCGACGACAACAAGUACAUCGGCGACAUAGUGGCUGAGUUCAAGCAAAUGAAAGAGAAGAUGAAGGGAGGGGAGGUGGUGCAAUGCAAGCUCCUGUUCAAGAAGAGGCUGUUCAGAGAGACCGAUGAGGCCAUCAGCGAGCCUAUGUUUAUACAGCUUUCUUAUGUGCAGGCGCAGCAUGACUAUCUCUUAGGCAAUUACCCAGUGGGAAGAGACGACGCUGCGCAGCUCUCUGCUUUGCAGAUUCGGGCAGAGACGGGGCCUGUGUCGGGCGCCGAGACCUCGCGUGAUCGGGCAAUCCCGUUGGAGAGGAGCAUCCCCAGGCAGAUCGCUUUGACGAGGGCGAAGGAGGAGUGGGACGCAGAUGUUCUGCAGAGAUUGAAGUCGAUGGCGCAUCUGUCCAAAGACGAUGCGAGGCAGCAGCUUCUGAGAAUUCUCCGCUCGCUGCCGUAUGGAAACUCAGUGUUUUUCAAUGUGCGCAGGAUCGAGGACCCGAUCGGGCUCCUUCCAGGGCGGCUUGUCCUUGGCAUCAACAAACGUGGGGUGCACUUCUUCCGGCCUGUGCCAAAGGAGUACUUGCACAGCGCUGAGUUGCGCGAUAUCAUGCAAUUCGGAAGCAGCAGCACGGCAGUCUUUUUCAAGAUGAGGGUGGCUGGAGUGCUGCACAUCUUACAGUUUGAGACGAAGCAGGGGGAGGACAUAUGCGUGGCGCUGCAGACACACAUCAACGACGUGAUGCUGCGGAGGUACUCCAGGACGCGUGCCGCGCAGGCGGCUGCAGUUGCUGCUGCUGCUGCUGCUGUUGGCGGCGGCGGCGAUGCUGCUGCGGCGACGCAGAGCGGUCAGGCUACCGAAAUGGCGGUGACAGUCGCCGCGGUGGCAGCGGCUGGAGGUUCGCAGAAGCUUGGCGAGCUUUAUCAGAAGCACAUCCAAGAGAUGAACGAGCUGCUUGAGAAUGCGAACAAGAAGAUUGACCAGAUGCACGGGGAUCUAAGAUCAACGGACGUUGAGCGGAAGAAGCUGCAGGAGGAAAUCGAAGAGCUGAAGGACUGCUUAAGGUCUGAGGAACAGACCAGAUCCGAGAUUUCGCAAGAGAAAGAGCGGUUGCAGAAGGCUCUGGACGAUAAGGAAAUUGCCCUCCAUCUUGCCUUGGCCGCUGGCGAGACGAUGAAGGUGGCAUCGUCGGGCGAUGCUUUUGCAGAGACUCCGACGACUCCUUUCGCGCCGGCGGCGAACUUGAAGGUGUCAGCUUUACAAGCCGAAGCGGAAGCUGCGAGCUGUCCAACUGCCAGCCAGGGGAGGAGACCUGUGUCAGCCCGUUCUACGGCGACUGCUGGCAGCAGGAAGGAGAUCCCAGGAGAUACGAGGGAGCAGCAGCAAAAGAUCCGCAGCUUGGAGAGUCAGGUAAGGGAGUUGAAGUCUGAGCUGAAGGCGAAGACCGAUGAGCUGCGGCAACUUGACCAGGCGGCGAAGAAGACUGCAAAGGACAAGCAGCUGCUUGAGCAGAAGCUGCAGAGACUGGAAAAGUCCAAGGCAGGAGAAUCGAGGGCGCUUGAGCAGAAGUUUAGCCUUGAGAGGGAGGAGUAUAGGGGGCGAACGCUGGAAAUGGAAAGUAAGUUAAGGGACAGAACAAAGGAGCUGCAGGAGACACAGAACAGGCUCACGGAGCUUGCUGCAGACAUGGACUCCAUGCAAACUGACCUGAAGGAGCUCGAGGAGCUCAGGGAGAUGAAGGAGGAUAUCGACAGGAAAAACGCGCAGACGGCCGGCAUUGUGAAGAGACAGGCGGAGCAGAUCAAUGCGCUCGAAACUCUGUAUAAAGAGGAGCAGAUCCUUCGUAAGAGGUAUUUCAACAUGAUGGAAGAUAUGAAAGGGAAAAUCCGUGUGUAUGCACGAUGCCGGCCGCUGACCGAGAAGGAGAGAGGGGAUAAGGAGAAGUACGUCAUAGCGAUGCCUGACGAGUUCACAAUCGAGCAUCCGUGGAAGGACGGGAAGCCGAAGCAGCACCAGUUUGAUCAUGUGUUUGACAGCGGUGCGACACAAGAACAGAUUUUCGAAGACACACAGUAUCUGGUUCAGUCUGCGAUCGAUGGGUACAACGUCUGCAUCUUCGCAUACGGGCAAACGGGCUCGGGAAAGACGUUCACGAUUUACGGCGGACAGGAUCGUCCGGGCCUCACUCCUCGUGCCAUCAAGGAGCUCUUCCGGUGCCUGAAGCGGGACAGCAACAAGUUCAGCUUCACACUCAAGGUUUACAUGCUUGAGCUGUAUCAAGAUACGUUGCAAGACCUGCUGCUCCCGAAAAAUGCCAAGCGCCAAAAGCUGGAUAUCAAGAAAGAUUCCAAGGGGAUGGUGGUUGUGGAGAAUGCAACGCUCAUCACUGUUCAGAAUGCUCAGGAGCUUGAGUCAUGCGUUGCAAGAGGAAUCGACAAACGCCAUGUCUCCGGAACGCAGAUGAACGCGGAGAGCUCGCGGUCGCAUCUUAUCCUGUCCGUCGUCAUCGAGAGCACAAAUCUUCAAACGCAAGCUCUGGUGAAGGGAAAGCUCAGCUUUGUGGAUCUGGCGGGAUCAGAGCGUGUGAAGAAGUCGGGAUCCGCUGGCGAACAACUCAAAGAGGCACAGUCAAUUAACAAGUCAUUAAGCGCUCUCGGAGAUGUCAUCUCGGCACUCGCCACCGACGAACCGCACAUUCCAUAUCGCAACCACAAGCUGACCAUGCUGAUGAGUGACUCUCUUGGCGGGAACGCCAAGACCCUGAUGUUUGUGAACAUUUCGCCGGCGGAGAGUAACUUAGAGGAGACGCAUAGCUCGCUAGGCUACGCAACGCGUGUCCGGUCGAUAACGAACGAAGCAAGUCGGAACAUCCAGUCGAAGGAGGUCUUGAAGCUGAAGAAGGCGAUUACUUACUGGAAAGAGCAAGCUGGGAAGAAGUUUGGUGAAGGAGAUGACGAUCUUGAAGAAAUCCAAGAGACUCGGUCGAGCAAAGACAAGGAGGACGGAGUUUCGUGACUCUUCAGCAGCUCACUGCAUGUCAUUGCGUGCUGAUGCGAACUUGGCGAGCACAAAUUCGGUUCCGUGGGUGAGAAUGCGAUGAAGACGAACUUCGUGGGAUGUGCUGUGUGCACGCCGUGUUUGCUUCAUGUGUUUUUUCUGCACUGAGGUGGACUGCUGCAGACAAGUAUGCUGCAAGGAAACAUGGGCAUGCAUCGCAGUCGUCAUUGGAGAAAGGAAAACUGCUUCUCUCUCAGAGACUGCUGGUGGAUGUCUGACGAGGCAGACGGGUUCUGCCCGUGGGUGGGAUGUGUAAUGUUUCUUGCCUUGCAAUGAAGAUCUAAAUUGUCG